AUGAGAGAUCGGCCCGUCAUCAGCAUCGAAAAUUACAUCAUAUACUGCUGCGAUGCUGAUGAGAACAAAGUAGGCUGCGCGACAGCUGGGAGGAACGAUUACAAGAACCUGGUGGAGGAAUUUGGAUCAACUUCGUCUAGAAGUCUCUGCGCCUUUCUACGACUGCGGGAUCGCAAAGGACGUAAACUCUGGAUCGUAAGUGCUCACGCACCUACGGAAACCGCUGAGGACAACAGUAAGGACGCCUUCUAUAAUGAACUCAAUGCGUUGAUGUCUAAAAUACCAAGCCAGUAG